UGUAAAAAGAGUUCAUUUUUUUAUUUUGAUCGCCGGUAAUGUGCGGGACUAUACUGAGUUCUUUAUGCCUUUAUUCAAGUACCUUUCAUAGUUUACAUUUUUAACGGAUUUACAAUUUAUAUUGAAACUUUAACUUAAUCCACUGCUAUGCAUUUUAUAAAAAAGUUGUACACUAUCAGAAAUAAUGAUCUGAUACUGAUACCACUUAAAAAGUACUCUAACAAUUAUAGUAAAAUCACGGAGUUAUUGCCUACUAGAGAACAGCUAAGAUUAGAAAUGCAAUUAAAAUCAGAUGCAGCUCGGGCAAAGUUUAAUGAUGUCUUCAAAUGGUAUGAACAAUUCACAGGACUUUCUGAAGUUAGAAUUGCUCAACAAAAAGUAUUAGAUGCCCAGGAUCAAUUUACUACAGUUCAAAACAAGCGAAGGGAAGUCUAUAAUUUAUUGUCUGAGGUACAGUUAAAAAGGAAAGAUAUACAUGAUAAACUGCAACUUUCAAAGCCUGGAGAACCCAGAUACCUAAAACUUAUUAUGGAAGAUCAUGAGAUCAUAGGUCAAGAAAAUAAAUUAAAAGAAUCAUUUAUUGAUGUAGAGAAACUGGAACGUGAACUUUUUACAAAUCUUACCACUGCAGUCCGAAUUUCACAUGAAAGGGAACGCUUGCAAGCUGAUAAAACAAAAUACUGGUCCAUUAUUGGAUCUAUAAUAGGUACCAUAAUUGGAAUAAUUGGAUCUUCAAUUAAUAAUUCCCACAAACUGAAGGAAAUUAAAGUUAUGUUGAAAGAAAUUGCAGCUAUUACUCAAGUAACAUCAGAUACUUCAGUUGACAAAUUAUCAAAAAUAGAGAAUAUAGUCAAGACCACAUUUAAAGAAAAUAUUGCAAAACCUGUGAUGAAAACAUUUGGUAGCCAAACAUCAUUUAAUGACUCAUUUAAAAGUAAUGAGCAAGAUUUAAAAUUAGACAGGAUACAUAUGCACAUGAUUGCAAUUGCAGGUAUCUUGACACUAUUAAUGUGUUCUUGUUGCAGAUAACAGUUGAAUUUUAUUUAUAUUAUUUGAAUGCAUUUAAUUAUGUUACAUAUGAAAUAUAGUUUAGGAUAAAAAGAACUUUUUAUAAUCUAAACGUAAUGAAAUUGCGUUGAAUUACCAAAUAAGUGACGUACCACAUCUGUGAUAAUGUGAUGUGUAAUAAAUGCCCACCUGAGUUAAUUUAAAUAUUUCAUAUUUUUUUUACACAAUUUAUAUAUUUUUUAUAUGUAAUGUAACCUCAACUAUAGGCUUUGAUAAUAU